CGUAGCUAUAGCAAAGUGAUACUUUUACGAACAUUUACAACUCCACUUCAAGUGUAAUUUAUUGCACUUUCUCGUCAAAUAUCCCCUUAUGCAUGUAAUGAAGAGUCUCCAUUAAACAUCUAAAAUGCCUCUACCUAAGAAAAUGCCUCGAAGCGGAGGUGGAAAGAAUGGCAAAGAUUCGGAAGGUCCUCGUGUUGCAGCAAAUCGCUAUGAGUUUGUUAAAAAGCUUGGCAGUGGCAACUUCGGAACAGCAUGGCUCGUAAAAGAUAGGAAAUGUGAAAAUGAAUUGAAAGUCCUCAAGGAGAUUUCAGUAGGUGACCUUCAACCCGAUGAAACUGUUGAUGCAAUGCAUGAGGCCAAGCUUCUGUCCAAGUUGGAUCAUCCUGGAAUCGUGAAGUUCCAUGAUAGUUUCCUGGAUGGAGAGUUCUUCUGUAUUGUAACUGAGUAUUGUGAGGGUGGUGACUUAGGAGACCAGAUAACAAAAUAUCAAAAACAAGGCAAGAAGUUUAAAGAGAGCCUUGUGAUAGAAUGGUUCAUACAGCUUGUCAUUGCAGUACAGUUCAUGCACAGUAAACGUGUGCUACAUAGGGACUUGAAGACAAGAAAUAUAUUCCUAAAACAUAACCGUAUAAAGCUUGGAGACUUUGGUAUAUCUCGUAUCUUGAUGGGAACGUCUGACCUGGCUACAACUUUCACAGGGACACCAUACUACAUGAGUCCAGAGGUGCUUAAACACGAGGGAUAUAAUUCAAAGUCUGACGUAUGGUCGAUAGCUUGUAUACUUUUUGAAUUAUGUGCAUUGAGUCAUGCAUUUGAUGGCCAAAGUCUGAUGGGAGUCAUGUAUAAAAUAGUAGAAGGCAAACCACCUGAACUACCUGAGAAUUAUUCUAAAGAUCUAGGAAAUGUAUAUAAAUUAAUGUUAGAAAAAGACCCUCAUAAAAGACUAUCAGCCACAGAAGUGACGAAGGAUCCAUUUAUAGCUAGACAUUUAGAGAAAUUAAAAAAUGUGAUGACAGAGCGGCAUCAAGCUAAAGAUAUAAGUCGACAAGAAGCUCAAGAUAUAGAACGUUAUAUAAAGGGGAGCAGCCACCUCAGUGAUCUUAAAGAGAAGGAAGACACAAAGAUGAAACACCUCACCCCAAGAGAGAGGAUGAGGCUGCGGAAGCAGCAGCAGGCUGAUGCUGAAGCCAAGAAAUACAAAGAGAUUGCCAUGGCAAACCUUGCAGCGAAAGAAAAGAGGAUGGAAAAUCACAAAAAAAGUCUCAAUGAAACAUCCGAAGCAGUAUUAUGGUUGACUGGUGCAGAGAAGAGGUCUCAGCCUUCCAAAGCUUUACAUGAACAACGUUCACAGUCAGAGGGAGACUUCAGGCCACAGACUGCACCAUCCCCUACCCGAGAACUUGACGAAGAUGACGAGGCGUUUGACGAAGCCAACAGAAGUCUCGACAAAACCCAAGCAGUAACCAUGGUUCCAAACCCAAAUUACAAAUACAACCAAAACGGUGCCAAAAAUAAUGAUUAUAGCGGUGACCCCUUCAACAGGAAUAAAUUGAAUGUGAAACGGGGUGGAAGUUUUGAGGA